UCCACCCGUUUCUCCCCUCGAGAUCCGAACUCGAGCCGUGUCGCCGCCUGCUUUCAGUUGCGUUCAAUCUCUCGUCAGAAUAGGAGGUUCCGUGCUCGCGUGAAUCUCGUGUUUCGUUCUGUAAACGCGUGUGAUUAUCGAUAAGAGAAAACGACGACAGUUUGAACGGAUUACACUCGAACGAGUAUCGAGAGGAGAGUGAUCCUUUUGGUUCGAUCGAGAGACUCACGAUGGAAGAUGAUAGGAGACCGGCGCGAAAGCUAUUGCUCUUCUCCAAGAGGACUGUGUUAAAGUACAAACUGCUGAUUCAGUGACAGGGCGCUGUUAUUUUAGGGUCAACGUAUGUUACAUCGCGUUCUCGUCGUUCUUUAUUGUACAAUUUGUGCUACGAAUUGAACUAGAAAUAGGCAGAGUGUCCGGUGUGAAACAACGUGCUUUGGGACACAGUGGAAUCACCUGACGUUGUCUCGGGCGAGAGUUAUCUCUCGACAUUGAUCGGUCCAGAACCAUAUAUGUAGGUCGAUCCGUGGUAACACAGUUACAUUCGGGACACGGAUUUUUUGCAGUGAUCGAUAGGUCACCGUACGAAAACGGUGCAUAGAAACAAUCUUCGAAACGAGAGAGGAAGUCGACGCUCCCGUUUCGUAAUCAUAAGACUGACGAGAUUCAUUGGUAUACGCGCAUGGUUCGCGCUGAUAAUGCUCGUUUGAAAACGUAUGUUGUAUAAAGUAGACGUUCUGUGCCAAAUAACACGUGCCAAAGCGUUUCAUUGAAAGUACAAGUUUUAUAGUAUUAUCGUAAGACUUUGUCUAUUGUUGUUUACCGUUGUUGUUUAAUAGUUUUUAUUCGUAAGUUCUGUUUUUAUACACGUAAGUAUUGUGUGCACAUAGUCGUUUGUAAGGAGGGGACUGUUUUAUUUGUACGGACAUUUUUAUUCUGGUCUACACUGAUGAGGAACAAUUACCGCAAUAUGUUUUUCGCCGGCUACGGAUAUUCCAAUCAACAUCAAAACAAUCCAUCCUCGCCGACAAGGGCCAGCGUAUGGGGUAGCGUUUACAGCCCGUUUCGAAACACAAACCUGCCGUUACAAGACAUUACUAUGAGCCAGACUCCUCUACCAUUAAUAAACGGCACAAAUGUGAGAUCGCCUGGUAAAACCUCCCCAACGGGGGUGAUCGGAACCAGAGACGGGGCAGGAAUUGGUAGAACAAUGAAAGAAUACGAAGACCAACUCGAAGCUCUUAAAAAGGAGAACUUCAACCUUAAAUUACGAAUAUACUUUCUCGAAGAGCGAAUGGGUAUUACGUCAGCGGACGAAAACGCGAUUAAGAAGAAUAUUGAGUUGAAGGUCGAAAUUGAAUCAUUGAGGAAGGAGUUGCUCGAGAAGCAGGAACUUCUUAGUCAAGCAGCCAAAGCGUUCGAAUUAAUUGAAGAACAAAAGGAAGCUUCCUCUAGGAACCAAGCUCAGUAUCAACAAUCGCUCGAGAAUGAAAGGGAAAAAAUCAGGAAGCUCGAGAAAGAAUUAGCGGAAUACCAGGAAAAGGUUGCAGAUGCAUCAAUCUACUAUAAGGAAGCGUUCGGAAUUACGCCAGAGAAGGCACUGGAGAACGAGGAGAAAUUGCGUCAAAUGGAGGAACUUCUUGCAUCUCUAGAGGCCGAGGUGAAACAAGUAACGAACAGUUUGGAAGAGGAACGUGGUUGGGCACAAGAACUCGAGAGCGAAAGGGACGAAUUCAGGGAACGUUUAGAAGCUGAGACGCGUUUAAGAGAGAAUUUGGCCGCCGAGAGGGUGCAAGAUAUAGAAGAGUUACGGGAGAAAGUGAAGGAGCUGGAGGAUCAAGUGCUGAAAAGGGAUACUGUCGUCCAACAGUGUCGAAACGAGCUGGUCGAAAAAGAAAGAAUCAUUAAGGAGAAAAACGCUCAGCUGGAUGAGAAGUGUCGGGCAUACGAGGAGCUGAAUACGGUUUCGGAGAAAAGAAAGAAGCAAGUCGAUCAGUUAAGGGCGUCUAUAAAAACCAGGGACGAUGCCCUCACGGAUCUGAACAACAAACAUCGUGCCCUGCUCUCUCAGUUUGAAAACGGUUAUACUAAGCGAUCUCCACCUAGUAGUCCUAUGGCUAUGAACUCAAUCGAGGAUCCUUUGCAAUCGAGAAUGGGACAAAAGAUGACUUGUGUCCAAGGGAUGGCGAAGAAGGCAAAUACUGGUCUCGAUUGGGAACCGAACAGAGAAAGGUCAAUGAGAUUGAAGUCGCCACUGCAAACUCUUGGCGGAGAGACGAAAGAUGUGAGAGAUUUAAUUAAGGAACUAGAAGAAAAAGACACAGAACUGAAACGGCAAGAAGAAGCAAGGAAGCAAUUGGUAUUGAAGUUGUGCAACAUGCAAAAGCACAUUGAAACAACGGACCACAAACUGAAGAAGCUGGAGGGCGAGCACGAGAAGGCCAUCAAAACUAUCCAAGGUUUCAUGGAGAGGCAACAACAACUGGAAACUGUAAAGCUCAGGAAGGAACAGAAGAUCAUGGAGUUGGAAAUCGAAUUAAACAGGCUACGAGAAUCCGAGAGUCUCAAGUCGUCAAGGGAUGCUCACAACCAAUUCAUUCGAAGAGAAUUUUCCAGCGACGUGGCGGAUGAUCCAGAGCGUGAUCCCAGCAAUCAGCAACGAUUCGACGAAAUGGAAGCCAAAAUUAACGACCUACGAGACCAAAUAGAGACGAUCAAGGCUGAGAAGAAUCGUUUGGAGAAGCAGAUUGAAGUUGAAUCGGAGGAACUGCAGGGACGACUUCAAGACAAGGAGCAAAAGAUAGAAGUUCUCGAGAUCGAGAAGCAGACGAUAAAGGAGCAACUACAGGACAAGGAGAAGGAGCUCGAUAAGAUGAAAGAAACAGCGAAAAACGAAGCUGAGGUGAUGGUCGAACGAGAAGACCUUCUUCGACAGCUUCAGCUACGAGACGCUGAAAUCGAGGAAAAGAACCAGAAGAUCGAGCAGCUAGCGAAAGAGCUGCACAUGAAGACGCAGAAUCUGCAGCAGCUGGUGAACACGGAAUUGUGGAGCAAAAACAAGGAAAUAGCGAAGCUCCACAAUCACAUGACCGUCAACCAUUGUCACGAAAGGAGCCGAAACAAGUCGGACAUGAUGCACGAGAGCGCCAGCGCGCAGCUAUCGACCCUGGUGAAAGAAUUGAACGACAUUGGUAUCAGAGUUACGUUUACCAAUGAGGUGAUCCAGCUGAAUUACGUCGACGGGAAUGAGCCCAUAGACGUAAAAACUAUGACGGACUAUGUGCAGAAGCUGGUGAUGCAAAAAAACGAGUUGGAGAAAGAAGUAGACUACCUGAAGUGGUUGAAACUGGUCUCGAGACCGGAGAUCGCGACGGAGAUCGACGGAUACGGGGAUAACCAAACCGAAAGAGCGAAAAAAUAUUGCGAGCUAUUACGUACUCAUCUGAAAGACUUAAUGAAGUUCAUGAAGGAGAUGAUGAAGACCGUGGAUCACGCGGACACGGUUGGUAAUGAGCAUAAGAGAAUCGUGCUCGAUGUGUUGAUGAAUUCGAAGAUAUUGUCCGAUGAUUUCGUUAACGCGUUGGAGGGUCUCUCGGCUAACGAUUUUCCGUUCAACGUGGAUCAAAUGAACGCUAAAUCGAUCGACAAUUCUGUGAAGAAAAGCUGGUCGGAGAAUUUACUGAGUGCUACGAAAAAUCAUGGCUCGACGCAGUCUGAUUCAGAAGCGUUCUCGGAACCUGAUAGAACCGUCUCGUUGGCUAGAAUUGGGUUGCAGGAGACGCAACAGAAAUCUUUGAACCGAUCCAGAUUUUCUAAGUAUACCAAAACAUUCAGCGAUUCUGAGGAUUCCAUGGAGUACGUGCCUUAUCACAAAAUCCACCAAAAUGAUAUAAACGAUUCUGAGACUAACCAUCACAUACAAGAGCUCAAGGAAACGAACGCUUUAUUGUACACGGAGCUUAGUGCUCUCAGAAAUGAAAUGACCAGCAAAAUUUCUUUCGAUUGUGAAUUUGAUGAUAAAAUAUCCCCGCUAAUCAUCAAAUUGGAAAAAUCACAAAAAUUCUGCGAGAAAUUGCAGUCGUCUUUGGAGAGAAGAGUACAUGAGGUACAUGUAUUGAAAAAGGAAAGCAAGCAAAACUGCGCUCGCAGAGCACAGUUGGAGAAGAAAUUAGUUGAUCUGGAAAGCAUGGCAGCAGAAAUGAAUAAACAGAAAGCAGAAUUGAUGCAUUACAAAGAAAACUCUGAGAGGAAAGCUGCGGAGAUGCUGAUAACACUUAAUAGAGAAAACGAUGCGUUGAGAACGCGAAUUAAGAAAUUAGAAGAGGAAAACGAAGCUGCCAAAGUAAGCAUAUCAGCGUUAACAAAGGAACUGGACCAUCUUACUUUAUCGCACAGUCAAAUUCUCGUGGAGAAUACCAAGUUAACAAAUGACAAAUUGCGUUUGGAACAAGAAGUGAGGAAAACGGAGAGUAGAUGUGAUAUGACCGUCCGUUCUAUGCAUGACAAAUUUAACAAAGAGAUAUCGGAUCUGAAUCAAAUAAACGAAUCUCACAGGGUAAGGUUACAGGAGCUAGAGGUCGCUAACAAGGAACUCCGAAGACAUGUUGCAGUUUGCGAAGCGAGUGAUUCGGCGCCUAGUUCUAGUGGUGUUUCUUCAAUACCUACAGAAGCUAUACUUAAACAAACAUGCGAGGAUAUCAUGCAAGAAUAUCAAACAUACAACAAUUCACAAUAUUGGUUACCUGUGGUAAAUUACCCAACAAUGGGAGGACGUAGCAAGACAAGUUGUUCACCAGACUUAGGGAUUGAAAGCGAUGCAGCUGUUACAACUAUGAGACCACUGAAGGAUACUUUGAAAAUCACGGAAUCAAUGACUAAUUUAUUAAGCGAUGAAGAUAAUGGCAAUAGCAACAGACCAGUUCGGGAAAUGGAUAAUGAAAGCCCAUUGCCAUUAGAAGGUCUCGACGAAGUGGAAGCUUUAAAACAAGAAAAUGAAACGCUGAAGAGAAGGUUGAUGAAAACAAGAAGGGCAUUAGAAGAUACCUUCCAACAUUUGUCUGCAUCGAAUAAAAAUAAGAAGAACGUCGAAAAGGCUAUAGCAAAACAGUUACAAAUUACUAAGAGUAUACUGAAAAAAACAAGGACGUACGAGGAACCGUUGGAUAAUUGACAGGAAUGGAAAAGAGAGAAUUUUAUACAUGACAGAGAAAUCAGAAUGCAAAGUUGCUGUUGGUUGCAGAUUUAAAAAUUUAACAUCAUAAUUUAUUUUUUAUAAUCACGUUUUUAUUAUACUCUCAUUUUUACUGCUGAACGAUUCUCUUUAAAUUUCGUGUAAAAAUUUAUGAAUUGGCAGAUGACAGCGGCAUUUGUUAUAUCUUGUGCAAACAACGACAAAAUAUUUUCAUAGAUUUGUCAAGUGUUAAAAUGAUAAAAAGGGGAAAUGGAAAUGUGAGGGAAAAGCAUACUUCAUAAAGGAAGAUGAAACUGUACAUUGUGAGUUUUGUAUAUAAUUAUGUAAGCGUUCUAAUAUUCUUUUGUAGAUUUUUUCUUCUCUCCAAAGAUUUACGCAGUUUUAUUUGCAAGAAAGAACUGUCCAUUUUAUCACAUUUCGUGUUCUUCAAGACCAGAAAUUCAUGCUCGUGUACAUAUAAACUCAGAAUUAUCAUUUUAUUCAGCAUCUGUACAUAGUCCCAUAAAUAAAGUGCCAUUGAUAUUUGA